AACUGUGAAAAUAUUGUCUUUGUUAAAAUUUAUAUGUUGAUAUGUAUAAAAAUGUGAUGCUGGAAAAUUUGGUGAUCAAAAGUAUCUGUCUUUGGUGAUCAUUUGUAUCUAAAAGCGUUUGGUGAUCAAAAGUACCUUUACUCGUUACAUUUGACUAAAGUAAGACAUGAGAGAGUUUUUAUCGUCAUUUUUGAUCGAUGUGAUCGUAUCAGAAACCGAAUUGUGAAAACACUUUCUCAACCGGAGUCGAAGUUACUGACACUUUUCGUCUUGCUCUUCGUCUUGGUCAUCUUAUUACUCAUUUCCUUAGCGAUAAUAUCAAAAAGAUAAAAGGGUGAACAGACUUGAACUGAAAAGUCCAGUCACAUCUGUGCAAAAUGUCAGUUCAAGUCCUUUAUGUCGUUAGUCACAGUUCAGUCACAGUCCGUGUGAACCGAACUUGAACUUGUUCAUCUAUUUCUCAACAAUUAAGAUUCGUUUUUGAACCAGUUUCAUGAUUUGAGUCGACGACUAACAUGUGUUUCAAAAUUUUUAAAGAACUCAAUCUAUCUCGAAUUCUUCUUGAAAACAAAAAACCGAAAUUUUCACUCAAAAUUCAAAGAAAAUGUAUUUUGAACGAUGUUGAAUUCUCAUGGAAUAUUUCGUUUGUUUUGUUAUUUGUUCUGUAUCGACGGAAGUUUUUGCCAGUUUGAAAGUAGUUGAAAUCGUCGACACCGUCUCUAGUUUGGCAGGGAUCUUUUAUGCCCGUUCUGGCUCUAAAUAGGUUACAACUCUAGUCGAGCAAUCAGACAUGGACUAAAAGUAAUAUUUUUGCACUACUAUCUGGUAAUGGCUACUCACGAGAGAAGAUCCCCAACUGUCGAAUCGCUUUUUUCACCAGACUGAUUCGGCCACGCUGAUUCCGAAUGUUGACAUGGGAGUGGUACCUAGGCCUUAGAGACCGGCUUUCUGGAAAACCUUUUUCACCAAAAUUUCUUUUUGAUUUUUCUAGAUUGUAGAGCACAUCGCGUUGUGUAUAAAACACUAAUAUUUUCCAUUUCGGAAUGCUUCCAACGAAAUUUAGAUUAGUGUUUUAUAGUUCACUAACUUAAACUUUAACUCUAAACUUGUAACUAAUAUAAAAAUUAGUGUUUUAUACACAACUCGAUGUGUUCUGCAAUCUGUACAUAUCAAAAAAAACUUUGGUGAAAAAAGCCAUUAGUUUAAGCUUUAUAUUUAAAGAAAUCAAAGAAAAGAAACAAGAAAAGAAGACCAAACAAGUGAAAUAAAAGCCAUUAGACAGUUGGGGACCUUCCCUCGUCAGUGCAUUAUAUAUCUCUGUUCUUUAGCGCCAUUCCGUGCUCUCUUCAAGAAGAAGUCAUACGAACUUUUUGUUUUUAAGGGUGAAAUAUACAAUUUACAUAUGACUGUUGUCGAUAAAAAUCCAGAAGGAAAUUCAAAACGGACUUGUCAGAAAGAUGCGAAGGAUUUAGCUGAACUGUUUGCGAAAGCAAUCGAUUCUGGUAAGACAGGCGAAAUAAUUGAUCGUAAACCUUUAAAUGAUAUACGAAAUAAUCAUUCUAUCGGAUGGAAACAACCGGAUUUCUUACGACGAGGCAAUGGAAAGCCCGAAUAUGAAUCACCUACGUUAUUGGGAAAAUUGUAUCGAGAAGGUUUAAGAACAUUUCUCGAAGCACAAACAUCAUCGACAUCAUCCGAUUCACAACGCACAUUAAUGAACACAAAGAAGUCAUUUGAUUCUGGAUAUUCUGCACAGAAUUCAUCUGAUCUAACAUCAAUUAUAAAUAAUUUCCCAACUACAACAUCAUUGAGUCCAAAUAGUACAGAAAAUUCUCCGGUGCGUGUUUCAAGUGUUUUAACCUUUUGAGUGUGGGAUUAUUUUUUCAAAAAAUAAUCUCGCAAAAGUAGAGAAACGCCUGUAACUCAAGAACCAUGAUAGCUAAGAGCUUCUGAUUUUGUGUGAUCAUAGCUCUUACCGAAUGCUGAUCACUCACCAAUUUUGAGUCUCGUUUACUCGAUGUUCAUGAGAUAAAAGCAAUUUAUUUCGUUUCCGUAAAAUAUCAAUAGCUUCUGACCUGAGAGAUGAAAACUUUUCUUUCUACAAAAAUGCGGCCACGACUCUACUCUAUCGCCGACAUGAAUUUCGUGAGUGUCUGUUAGAAGUUAGUGAAAUACAGCUAUGUUACGGGAAGGCGGGCUUUUUUUUGUUGAAAAUUCGAGGUCCUUUGUGAAAAAAUUCACAAUUCCGUUCAGGAACAUUAUUUUGAUCACAAAUUCGCAUCAGAGACUUUACAGCGUCUGUAGAUUAUCCGGCCAAACUACGAAGUUUAAUUAUGGUGUGGUUCUGGAGCACCCACGAUUCAAACAUAUGUAGAAGAACGAGGGUGAAGAACUAAGAGCCGCUCUUUAUACUAUAGUGUUUGCAUUGAAUGUACAUCAUAAUCAUGAAAAAAUAAUCAUGAAAGACUAUGGUUCCGAGAAACGUAUGUGAAACUUUUGUCAGAAAGGUUAGACACUCACCUCUAACCUUCGCUAUUUCGCUUAUUUUGCGCCCUUUUCACGUCCCAUAUAUUUUCAAGCAAAACUGAUAACAUAUUUGAGAUCGGCAGACAAAACUGGGUCAUUCAUUUCAUUGAAUAAUCAAUACGUAAUAUUUACGAAAGUUAUUCAGAGCGCAAAAUCUCAGGAUAUGAAUUUGCGUCGCCCGUACUCAUAAAGGUUAAACUGCAUUAGGGGGUAUCAAAAGAGACUUUUUGAGUCAAAAAUUUUGCUUGUAAGAUCAUCAUGAGAUAAAAUUUUAUUUUUCCUUGAAUCUUUUUCAUUGGAUUUUCCGUACAAAACUUUUUUUCUUUAAGGGGGGGGGGGGGGGGGGGGGCGCGCCGCGCGCGGGCGGGCGGGGGGGGGGGAUGGAGGUGUGUUGUAUUGUGUGGUGUUGGUUGGGUUG